GGGGCACACUAUCAGCGCGAGGAAGUCAUCAAGUACGCGGAUUUCCAGGGUGAUUCCUUCUUGCUCAGUCAGGAAGCGGCAUCCCAUCCGGAGGCUGAUUUCAUCAUAUUCUGCGGCGUGCACUUCAUGGCUGAAACCGCCUGCAUCCUGGCCGGCGAACAUCAGCAGGUUAUCCUGCCCAACAUUACCGCCGGCUGUUCCAUGGCCGACAUGGCUCCAAUUCAGGACGUGGAAGACGGCUGGGAAGACCUGCAGAAUGUGCUGGGCGAUCACGGCGGGAUCGUGCCGGUUACCUAUAUGAACUCCGUGGCCGCCAUCAAAGCCCUUUGCGGUCGCAACGGGGGCGCAGUCUGCACCUCGUCCAACGCGGCCGCCGUGCUGAAAUGGGCCUUUCAGGAUGCCGACCGCGUCCUGUUCCUGCCCGACCAGCAUCUGGGACGCAACACCGCCCUCAAGCUGGGCAUCGGUCUGGACGAAAUGGUCGUCUGGAAUCCCUUCAAGGCGAUGGGCGGCAAUACGCCGGAACAGCUGCGUGCCGCCAAGAUGGUGUUGUGGCAGGGCCAUUGCUCGGUGCACACCCGCUUCACCCCCAAGCAGAUCGAUUCCGCCCGAGAACGCUAUCCUGACGUAACCGUGCUGGUUCAUCCGGAAUGUACUCGCGAGACAGUUGAGGCCGCCGACAUGGAUGGCUCUACCGAGUUCAUCCGCAAGGCGAUUAACGAGGCGCCGGCCGGUUCGGUGUGGGCGGUUGGAACCGAGAUCAGCCUGGUGAACCGUCUGGCCAAGAACAACCCCGACAAGACGGUGUUCUGCCUCGACCCGGUGAGCUGCCCGUGUUCCACCAUGUACCGCAUCACCCGGCCUACCUGCUGUGGACGCUGGAAAGCCUGGUCGCCGGAGAGGUGGUGA